AGAGAGAGAGAGAGAGAGAGAGAGAGAGAGAGAGAGAGAGAGAGAGAGAGAGAGAGAAAGAGAGAGAAAGAGAGAGAGAGAUACUAGGAGCACGUCUGUUUUUACUCCACUCCACACAGUGAGCUCAUGCCACGGAGUUGAUGAGGUGGAUAGCUGCUUGUUCACACCACACCGUGUGUGCAGAGACAAAGAGAGGAUGAAGACAAGAGAGAGCACGGGAAAAUAAAAGAGCAGGAUUUUUUUCAGUGGUUAUUUUUUUCUCUGUUGUCAAGAGACAGACAGACACGGGACGAGAGGAAAAGCAGUCUUUUAGAAAACCCUUACUGCAUGGGACACCGACCUCGUUCUAAUCCUGGGUUUACUUCUGCCAAGGAAGUGAGGAGAAGUAAUUGGUUGGUAUCUAAGAGCUCAGGUGCUUUGGAGCUUGUAGGAUUUCUAUAGUACUGGACCAAGACAACAGUACUGGAUCAAGACAACAGUACUGGAUCAAGACAACAGUACUGGAUCAAGACAACAGUACUGGAGCAAGACAACAGUACUGGAUCAAGACAACAGUACUGGAUCAAGACAACAGUACUGGACCAAGACGGGACAGUACGGGCAGUGGACCAGCUCAUCAGCGUCUGUGUGUUUACUCAACCUGGACGGUGAGUAAGAGGGGGACGUGAUUGAAGGACAGACUGAUGAUGGUUUGGUCUGUGUGGUCGUCUCAUACAACUUGUAUCGUCUUAUCCAAUCCCUGCCAAGGACUGUUAUCUUCUUGACCAAUCCCUGUCCAGGACAGUUAUCCUCUUGACCAAUCACUGUCCAGGACUGUUAUCCUCUCGACCAAUACAUUUUGAGGAGUUUUAUCCUGGUAUAAAUCACAGAGGAUAAUGCAUAUCCUUCCCCCUCUGGAGAGAGAAGAAGGCACCAUGAGCAACGUCACCGUCACCGACAACGCAGCCGAGCCCAUCAGCAGAACCAGUGCUCCAGCCACGCCCUACCCAUACCCCUACCCCAUCUCCUUCCAGGUGUCCCUGACCGGCUUCCUGAUGCUGGAGAUCGUGCUGGGCCUGAGCUCCAACCUCACCGUGCUGGCCCUGUACUGCAUGAAGUCCAACCUGAUCUCCUCGGUCUCCAACAUCGUCACCAUGAACCUUCACGUCCUGGAUGUGUUGGUGUGUGUCUGCUGCAUCCCACUGACCAUGGUGGUGUUGUUGUUGUCUCUGGAGGGGGAUACAGCCUUGGUUUGUUGCUUCCACGAGGCCUGCGUGUCGUUCGCUAGUGUCGGCACGGCAGCCAACGUACUCGCCAUUACCCUGGACCGGUACGACAUCUCUGUGAAACCGGCGAAUAGAGUCCUAACGAUGGGCCGAGCCCUGGCUCUACUGGCCACCAUUUGGGUGCUGUCGUUCCUCAGUUUCCUGGUGCCUUUCAUGGAGGUGGGGUUCUUCGCCCCAGGCCAGUCGGAGCUGAACCAGACUCUAGCGGAUGUAGUCACAGUGGCCCACACCAACCAAUACUACACAGAGUUAGGACUCUACUAUCACCUACUCGUCCAGAUCCCCAUCUUCUUCUUCACUGCUGUUGUGAUGCUCGUCACCUAUUCCAAGAUCCUCCAGGCACUCAACAUCCGCAUUGGGACACGCUUUCACACAGCGUCGCAGAAGAAGAAGGCCAGGAGGAAAAAAGGUCCCUCCAUGACGGCUAUGACGUCACAGGCCACGGACGGGGCCAUGGAGCCAUCCGAGCCCAGCGGCCGUGCUCUCCCCCCGAUGGGCAUGCGGACCUCCGUCUCCCUCAUCAUUGCGUUGAGACGAGCGGUUAAACGCCACCGGGAGCGACGAGAACGCCAGAAACGAGUCUUCAGGAUGUCGAUGCUCAUCGUGUCGACCUUCCUGCUCUGCUGGACUCCCAUAACCGCCCUCAACACGGUCAUCUUGACCGUAGGCCCCAGCGACUUCACGGUCAAGCUGCGGUUGGGCUUCCUGGUCAUGGCAUACGGGACGACCAUCUUCCAUCCGCUUCUCUACGCCUUCACCAGGCAGAAGUUCCAGAAGGUUCUGAAGAGUAAGAUGAAGAAGAGGGUGGUGAGCAUCAUAGAGGCCGACCCGCUGCCCAACAACGCGGUCGUACGUAACUCCUGGAUUGACCCCAAAAGGAACAAGAAGGUCACCAUCAACGAGGACGCCGAGGCCAGGCAAAAAUGUCUGCAGUCUUCAGAGGAUGCUGUGGAAUGACAGUGAAUACUUAGCGACCUUGUCCAGAGGUCCAGAUCUCAGGGUUUUGUCUGCAGAGGAAAGUCUUGGGCGGACCGCGUCAUUUUCUUGUUCAAACGAAUCAUUUUCGGGAUGUGAAAACGUUUUCAGCUUAAACUUAAAAUAGCUUAAACCAGAUAUAAAGUAUGUUGAAAAGAUAAUACAUAUAUUUUUUAACUAAGAUUUUGUUUGAGAACUAACAAUCACCGAAAUGAAAGCUAGACAGUCAGGGAGAAUUUAAAGCUCCAAAAAAUGAUGCAUUCAGGAGUAUUUUUGUCAUGGCAUGAGGCCCCCAUUGAUUUGUUAUGACGUUCGAGUCACUCAGAUAGCAUAAACCAAGGCAGAAUGUGUAGAAUUGCAGGAAAUGAGAUUUUAUCUCUGUCAAAAUGUGUAAAAUGGCCAUGCCUCCCCCCACCAUGCCCCCCCCCCACCAUGCCCAUCACCUAAGUCCCGUUUUGAUCCAGGAAAAACAAACUGGAUCUCUUGGUGUAAUGGCUGAGGUGUUGGGUUGACAGUCGCUGGACCCAGGUUUAAGUCCCGGACAACGAGACCAGACAGAAAUGUCUUCAGAGGAUGCUGUGGAAUGAAUCCUAGAAUCUAGUCAUUCUAUAUCUGUUGAAUGAAUUAUCGUCAUUCUAUAUCUGUUGAAUGAAUGAACUACUUUAGGGCAAGACAACACAAUAAGGAACGUUGACAGUGUGCAACAGAUCACCUGACGGUUGUCGAACGGACGGUGGUGAUUCAACAUGUAGGAUUGUCGGAAAACUGAAAAGGAGGGCUGACGUUCUGUGGUCAAGAGGAGAAAGGAGGGCUGACGUUCUGUGGUCAAGAGGAGAAAGGAGGGCUGACGUUCUGUGGUCAGAGGAGAAAGGAGGGCUGACGUUCUGUGGUCAAGAGGAGAAAGGAGGGCUGACGUUCUG